AUGUCUCUAGGCAACGGCACCCCUCGGGGACUAGCAGCGGGGGAGGAGGUCUGGGCGGGAUCCGGAGUAGAGGUGGAGGGCUCAGAGCUGCCCACCUUCUCGGCUGCAGCCAAGGUCCGAGUGGGAGUGACCAUUGUACUGUUUGUUUCUUCGGCUGGAGGGAACCUGGCCAUGCUGUGGUCAGUGACUCGGCCACAACCCAGCCAACUCCGCCCCUCUCCUGUGCGGCGACUCUUUGCCCACUUAGCAGCUGCUGACUUACUAGUCACCUUUGUGGUUAUGCCCCUAGAUGCCACCUGGAAUAUCACUGUUCAAUGGCUGGCUGGGGACAUUGCGUGUCGGACACUCAUGUUCCUGAAGCUAAUGGCCAUGUAUGCUGCAGCUUUCCUGCCUGUGGUCAUUGGACUCGACCGCCAGGAAGCAGUACUCCGCCCGCUUGGACCCCGCUCAGCUGGAAGGAAACUUCUAGGGGCAGCCUGGGGACUUAGUUUCCUGCUUGCCUUGCCCCAGCUGCUCCUGUUCCACACGGUCCGGCGAGCUGGCCCAGUCCCCUUCACUCAGUGUGUCACCAAAGGCAGCUUCAAGGCUCGAUGGCAAGAGACCACCUAUAACCUCUUCACCUUCUGCUGCCUCUUCCUGCUACCUCUGACUGCCAUGACCAUCUGCUACAGCCGUAUCGUCCUCAGUGUGUCCAGGUCCCAGACAAGGAAGGGGAACCACGCCUCUGCCGGUGAAUUUGCCCUCCGCCGCUCCUUAGACAAUCGCUCCCGUGUUCGUGUGCGGGCCCUGAGACUGGCCCUACUUGUCUUGCUGACCUUCGUCCUCUGCUGGACACCUUACUACCUGCUAGGCCUGUGGUACUGGUUCUCUCCCACCAUGCUAACUGAAGUCCCUCCCAGCCUCAGUCACAUCCUUUUCCUUUUUGGUCUCCUCAAUGCUCCCCUGGAUCCUCUUCUCUAUGGGGCCUUUACCCUUGGCUGCCGGAGAAGGCACCAAGAACUUAGUAUAGACUCCUCCAGGGAGAAAGGUUCUGAGAGAAUGCCCCAGCAGGCGACUCUAGCACUUAGACAGCUGGAAGUACAAACAAAUGUGGCAGCAGGGGCAGGAGAAACAAUAGAGACAUUCCUAUAACACGCAUUUGCCCAGAACAGAGUAUGUAGGAACAGAACAAUUAUUCUUUAAUAUCACAAGAACACCUCACUUCUGCCCAUGCUCUCUUAGCUUCCCAAGAAAAAGAAAUCCUGAGCAGUGUUCUCUACGUUGACCCUAGCUGAAACUUGAAGACUCUAUCUGAUGUAAAAAAUCACAGAACUGAGUCCCCAGAAGUAUCUCCACAGUGACUCACACUGCUUUACCAUAACUAGUGCUUCAGAGCUUGCAAUGUUAGAACAGGAAAAUAAUUUAAAUGUACAAAACAAAAAUGGGACAUUUAUUCAUAACUCAAAAAAAAAACCAAAAAAACACAACCCACUAAGCAAGUAGAGCGAGAGUUAAAUAUAAACACGGCGAAAAACCUGGCGAGUUCCACCCCAGCCCUACUUCUCCAAGGCUGCAUGGUCAAAAAGAAUUUCCAGAGAGAACACCCGGAUGACAGAGUCAGCGCCGCCUCCGGUCUGGACUCCUGCUGCGUCUUCGGCCACCUCUAGGGAAAAGGAAGAGUCCAUCAGAGGAACAUACUACUAUGUCCUUAUGUUCCCUUCACCAAGAUAGUCUGCCCUCUCCACUUUACCUCCUCUUGCCCUU